AUGGGACGAGGGAGUCGCAAAAGAGCGUUCUCCUUACGCACACAAUUGUUCAAUAAGCAGCUGCAUGACAAAUUCCAGCGAGAUUACGAGGAAGAGCCGGAAAUGGGUGAUUGUGGGGAUGGGAAGCGUGACAAUUCAGCUCUGGAGCUGCUUGCAGGAGGCGCACAGCGUGUAACGGACUGGGUGCUACGAAGAAAGCGAGAGAAACACACUAAGGCCGGAAGAGUGAUUCCUUUGGGCCUGGAUCGCUUGGACCCUUUCUUCCGCACAUUCGCCGGCGAGAAUGCGGAGUUGUUAGACGAGCGAUCUGGUAGAUCGUAUUGCAGCAACCUGAUAACAUCUUCACGCUACACCAUAUAUUCAUUCCUCCCACGCCAGCUAUACGCACAGCUCUCACGUCUAGCCAAUACAUACUUCCUUAUCGUGGCCAUCCUGCAAAUGAUCCCCGGAUGGUCUACCACGGGCACAUACACCACAAUUGUUCCACUGCUGAUCUUUAUGAGCAUUUCGAUGGCACGAGAAGCGUGGGACGACUUCCGCAGGCACAAGCUUGAUAAAGAAGAGAAUGACAAGCUCGCCAAAAUGCUUAUUAUGGAGAGCGAAAAGUCCGACCACAGAUUACGCGACGCAAGUGAGGGCGUAACUAGGACCAAUAGUUUGUACUCAUUGCCAGAGUGGCAACAAACUGCCACAUCAACCAGCGCGCUCACCAACCCGGCCUCCGAGUUUGCUGAUGAAGGUCAUGAGAUGGACACGAACGAAAGAGAAGAAGACUCUUUUAAUAACUGGGAGCGCCUGCGGCGCAGGCAUAGAAUAAAAAUCAUUCAAAAGAAAUGGAAAGACAUCAAGGUUGGUGACUACGUGCUUUUGAACCAAGACGACUGGAUCCCUGCCGAUCUCUUGCUUUUGACCUGCGACGGGGAAAACAACGAAUGUUUUGUUGAGACAAUGGCUCUUGAUGGCGAAACUAACUUGAAAAACAAGCAGCCGCUGACAGAAGUCAGCGAAAUCAUGAAAACUACAGAGGGCUUGGCCAAGUUCAAAGCAAAAGUUACAGUAGAAGACCCUAACAUAGAUCUACACAACUUUGAAGGUAACCUUGAAUUGCUGGACGAGAACAGGAAACUUACUAUAGGCCCUGACCAUAUCAUUUAUAGAGGAAGCAUCAUCAGAAACACUCAAAACGCCGUCGGUCUGGUUGUAUUUACAGGCGAAGAAACGAAAAUUCGAAUGAAUGCUAUCAAAAACCCCAGAAUCAAAGCUCCCAAGCUACAAAGGGCGAUAAACAUGAUUGUGCUUUUUAUGGUUUUCGUGGUGGCCUCCAUGGCCUUAUUUUCUUUUAUGGGCCAAAGGAUUAUCAAAAAGAAAAACGUGGACAAUGGCAGGGCAUGGUAUCUCUUCAGUGCGGAUGCUGGCGUUGCCCCCACAGUCAUGUCAUUCAUUAUCAUGUACAACACGUUGAUCCCACUUUCUCUAUAUGUCACGAUGGAAAUCAUUAAGGCAAUGCAGAGCAAACUAAUGGAGUGGGAUAUAGACAUGUUCCAUGCAGAAACAAAUACGCCUUGUGAAUCUCGAACUGCGACUAUUUUGGAAGAAUUGGGCCAGGUUUCCUACAUAUUCAGUGACAAAACUGGCACGCUCACUGAUAAUAAAAUGGUUUUCCGGGGUCUCUCCGUAUGUGGAUCUUCAUGGGUUCAUGAUAAUGAUCCACAGGAGCAAGAACUUGACCGCACUGAGUCGAACGAAAGCAAAACCAUUGAUGUUGUUUCAGUAGAUGAUAGGAGUUUCUUGAAGAACUUUCAGAACAGCGACGGCAACCAAGUCCAACGUCAGAGAACGUCUGUUGACUUCAAAGGAAAUAGCUCGGCCAUCUAUACAGGCAGACCGAGUAUUGCUUCUCGAGUCCAAAGUAUGAGGAAUAGCAUGGAAGAUUCAAGUAAAGUAAGAGAGCCUAGUGGAGAUGGCGAAAACAAUAAAGAGGCAAGAUCAUCUGCAGAGCUUAUACACUACAUUCAACAGAAUCCUGACACUUACUUCUCUCAAAAAGCUAAAUUUUUCAUUCUUUCGCUGGCAUUAUGCCAUACCUGCCUUCCAAAAAAGCCAUCCGAAGGAGGAAAUGAUGACUCUGUCGAGUACCAGGCAUCGUCGCCUGAUGAGUUGGCUCUCGUCACCGCAGCCCGAGACUUAGGAUAUGCAGUCAUGAACAAGAAUGCAAACGUCCUAUCAAUCAAAUCGUACCCUGAUGGAUUUGAGAGCGAGCCAUUGAUAGAGAACUUUGAGGUAUUAAACUUCAUUGAAUUCAGUUCUCAGAGAAAGCGUAUGUCUGUGUUGGUACGCCUUCCCCAGGAACCAAAUCGCAUACUUCUCAUCUGCAAGGGCGCGGAUAACGUUAUUCUUGAAAGGCUUCACAACAGCGACCUCGCGAGUAAGAAAGUUUCAGAGCUUCAAGAAUCCACUAACGAACGGAAGGCUGCUGAAGCUGAUCUUGUUUUGCAGCAAAGAAAAUCUCUUGAAAUUGCUGCAACAGGUCGUCCUAGCACUUCACUGACACGUUCUUCAGUUAACAAACCAACCAGGGCUAGUUUGUCUUUGCAGGCUGUUAGGAAAAGUCUAUCAAGGAGAAGCAUGGGAAGCGGAGAUCCAGAAGUUCAAAUAAACUCUAUCGAUGACUUUUUGAGUAACGUUGAGCGCGCUAACAACGCAGUUACCGAAGUUUUCGCCAAAAGUAGAAAGUCUAUGAAUGAGCAACAGCGGGAGCGCUAUAUGCCUAUUAUGCAAAACUCACCAGGCUCUGCUUCAACUACUAACUCAUCAGGCCAGAUGCCUAAAACACCUACUGAUGUUUUAGGAAGCCCACUACAAAACGAUAUCGAGUUGUAUAUCGGAAACGAAAACUUACUACAGAACGAAGAAUUCGUAUUAGAAAGGACUUUGCAAGCUAUUGACGACUUCUCCACUAAUGGUCUUAGAACUCUCCUUUACAGCUACAAGUGGAUUGACAUUGAGGAAUAUGAAAUUUGGAACAAAGAUUAUCACAGCGCUAAAACGUCGUUAGAAAACAGAAAGGAAAAAAUGCACUCCGUUGGAGAGCAAAUGGAAACGUCAUUACGCUUACUCGGUGUAACCGCUAUCGAAGACAAAUUGCAGGAGGGUGUUGCUGAUGCCAUCGAAAAAAUCAGAAGAGCAGGCAUAAAGAUGUGGAUGUUGACAGGCGAUAAGCGAGAAACUGCCAUCAACAUUGGGUACUCCUGCAAUUUGAUCCACGACUAUUCUACGGUUGUGAUUUUGUCUGCGGAAGACGAAAACAUAUCUUCGAAACUAACUGCCGUUACUCAAGAGAUCGACCGAGGAAAUAUUGCCCACUGUGUUGUUGUGAUUGAUGGUGGAACGCUGGGUAAUUUCGAGAGUAAUCCAACAUUGAUGUCUGUAUUCGUUGAGUUAUGCACCAAGACGGACUCUGUAAUUUGCUGCAGAGCUUCACCAUCUCAGAAAGCUCUAAUGGUCACUCAUAUACGUAAUACAGACAAAAAGCUGGUUACUUUGGCUGUGGGAGAUGGUGCAAACGAUAUUGCUAUGAUUCAAUCAGCCGAUAUAGGUGUUGGAAUUGCCGGAAAAGAAGGUCUUCAGGCGUCAAGAUCGGCUGACUAUUCUUUAGGACAGUUUAGAUUCCUUUUGAAGUUGCUACUGGUUCAUGGUCGCUACAACUACGUCCGAACUUCAAAAUUUGUUCUUUGCACAUUUUACAAGGAGUUAUUAUUUUACCUUACGCAAAUGAUUUAUCAAAGGCACACAAUGUUUUCGGGAACUUCUCUUUAUGAACCAUGGUCACUCUCAAUGUUUAAUACACUUUUCACGUCAUUGCCAGUGCUUUGCAUUGGUAUGUUUGAGAAAGAUCUCAAACCAAUGACCCUGCUUGCUAUUCCUGAAUUAUACAGUAUAGGACGUUUAUCCGAAAGCUUCAACCUCAGAGUUUUUCUCUAUUGGAUGUUUCUAGCAGCAUUGAACUCAGUAAUCAUAACGUUUCUGAACUGGAAGAUAUGGGCAUUCUCUUCUCUGUUGGACAACACUAUCUAUCCAAUCGGUGUUAUAAACUUCACUGCCAUUGUAACAUUAGUGAAUGUUAAGUGCCAAUUUCUGGAGACCCACAAUCGCAAUAUACUAGCAAUAUGCUCAGUUAUAAUCUCUGUCGGGGGUUGGUUGUUAUGGUGUUGUUUGCUUCCUGGAAUUUAUUCUCAAGACGAAGCAUACGAUGUUUUAACUGGCCUGUACCACCAGUUUGGCCGAGACAUUACAUUUUGGUGCGCAUGCCUUGUUCUGGUUGUUCUUCCUUUAAUCAUUGAUGUCGUUUUUAAAACUGUCAAAAUUAUGAUCCGCCCCUCUGAUUCUGAAAUCGCUAUGGAGCUUGAGCAGAAAGAUGAGGUUCGUAAAAAGUUGGAGUUCAAAGCAUACAAUGAACUCAAACAAGGUUGGACUUGGGAUAGGGAUCGCAGUACGUUUUCAAGGUAUGCAGGCAAGGUUUUCAGAACUGGAUCUGGAACUUUGGAACCCGAUGCAAGUGGUAAUCAUACAAGAUCAAGAAAAAACACGAUACCAAGUGCCACUGAACUACCAGCAGGCUCCGCAAGUGAAGUAACAGUCCGCAGUGGAACAAAGUUUGACCCCGAAGAAUACGAAAUUCUUCCAAGCGGAAAGCUGAUAAAGAGGUGCAAACCUGCAUCUAAUAACGGUCCCGAAGACAGACCGCUCACUCAAAAACUUGGCAAAAAGCUUCGUUUCAAAAUCAAAUCAAAAGAAGAAGACGUAGACGCUAUCAUCGCAGACCGCUUGAGAAGCUUGGAGUAA